AUGAAUGCUGACGAAAUUAUACGACUAAAAAAGUCGUUGACGAAAGCGCUUGAGGGCGGAAAGAUUGUUAAUGUCCUUGAAUUAAUGAACAGACUCAAGGACAAUACUCCUUCAAAAGAACUUUUAAAGAAAACAGAAAUUGGUCUAAUUAUUGGGAGGCAACGCGUACAUCCAAAUCCCGAAGUAGCUAAGCUUGCAAAAGAAAUUGUAAAGAAGUGGAAAGAUGCAGUUA